GUUUAAAGGCAAGGAUUUGCAGGAAAGCCUCGUAUUCAUGCGGCACCAGUAUAUUAAGCAAGAGCCCCAUUUCUAAUGUCCUGAACAACGAUUGGAACGGAGGUUCCCAUGAGAGGAUAUGAUUUCCUGGGGCUGGAGAUGGCAGAUUCACCGAUGUGGUAAAUAUGUCUUCGGAAACGCAUCCUGGCAAAAGAAUCGAAGCCUCCAUUUGCCUUGGAGGUGUUGUCACCAGGGGACUUCUGGGAGCCUCCUCUAUCCAGAGAUAAGGAAGUUUUUGGAAGAGAACACGGAAAUCACCAGCAGUGGGAAUCUGACACCGGAAAUCAAGUUACGGCUGCUGACCCCUCGUUGCCAAUUCUGGAAGGAAAAAGCUGCCUUGUGGCCAUAUAAAGAACCCUACUGGGCAAUCUACUGGCCUGGAGGUCAAGGACUAUCGAGAUACCUUCUCGAUAACCCCAACAUUGUCCACAUGAAGAAAGUUCUAGAUCUCGGAAGUGGCUGCGGAGCAACAGCCAUAGCAGCUGCGAUGAGCGGUGCUACUGACGUUGUUGCCAACGACAUCGACCCUAUUGCAGGAGCUGCCUUAACAAUGAACUGUGAAUUGAACAACCUGAAUCCCUUCCCUUUCCUAAUGGGCAACCUGAUUGGUUCAGAGGUUGACAGCUGGGAUGUCAUUGUCCUAGGGGACAUGUUUUACAGUGACAAGCUUGCGGACAGCCUCCAUCAGUGGCUGAAGAAAUGUAUUCACGCACAUGGGACUAAAGUGCUAAUUGGGGACCCUGGCAGGCAUCACUUUGUGAGCCACCAAAUUCAGAGUCAGUUGCACAAACUCACAGAGUACGCUCUCCCAGAAUUAACCCAACAAGACAACAAUGGGUCCACCAGCACUACAGUUUGGAAUUACGGGUGUUGACUCCCGUUGGCCCCCAAAUGCUGGAUUACAUUGUGCAACUCAAGCCACAUUGCUUUGUUUUUGGCACAUCCAGAUUUUGGUUGAAGCUAGUAAAUAAAUCAUUUUGCUGUGACUCAGCUGAAGAGCUUAUUUACACAAAUCAGGACAAAAGUGAUAAAUAUUUUUCCCAUAAGGCUUACAUAACUCAGUGAAAAACAAACUUGUGCGUGCCAAUAUGUAGCCGAUGUUUUCUUUUAUAAAAGGUCACCAAGACCCAGUGAAAAUUAAUUAUUGCUCUGGUUUUGUAAAUAUAA